AUGGGUUGGCAUCGGGAAGAACGAGUUCUCAUGUGCACGCCGCUACGAGAUGCGCAGGCCCAUUUGCCUAUGUUUUUCUCGCACUUGCGCAAUCUGACAUACCCACAUCAUCUGAUUGAUCUGGCCUUCCUCGUGUCCGACUCAAAAGACAAUACACUUAGCUUACUCUCAUCACUACUCACUGAUCUCCAAAAUGAUGAGGAUCCCAAAAUGCCCUUUGGAGAGAUUUCGGUGAUUGAGAAGGACUUUGGACAGCAGGUCAAUCAAGAUGUGGAGAGUCGACAUGGGUUUGCUGCGCAGGCCAGUAGACGGAAGCUAAUGGCUCAAGCACGGAACUGGCUUCUUAGUGCAACGUUGCGACCAACUCAUAGCUGGGUGUAUUGGCGAGACGCUGAUGUGGAGACAGCGCCGUUCACUAUAUUAGAGGAUCUGAUGCGGCAUAAUAAAGAUGUCAUCGUUCCGAAUGAAGAUGUCUGGCGACCCCUUCCCGACUGGCUCGGCGGGGAACAACCAUAUGACCUGAAUUCCUGGCAAGAAUCUGAAACAGCACUUGCUUUGGCGGAUUCCCUCGACGAAGACGCCGUCAUUGUGGAAGGUUAUGCAGAGUAUGCGACUUGGAGACCGCAUUUGGCCUAUCUCAGAGAUCCAUACGGUGACCCUGAUAUGGAGCUUGAAAUUGACGGAGUGGGUGGUGUCAGUAUCUUGGCUAAAGCCAAGGUAUUUCGAUCAGGUGUUCAUUUCCCCGCUUUCAGCUUUGAGAAGCAUGCAGAAACGGAGGCAUUCGGCAAGAUGGCCAAGCGUAUGCAAUACUCCGUCGUCGGUCUUCCGCAUUACACAAUCUGGCAUCUUUACGAGCCCAGCGUCGACGAUCUCCGUCACAUGGAAGAAAUGGAACAAGAGAGAAAACAACGCGAGGCCAAGGAAAAGGAAGAAAAGGCCGAGGCUGAACGUCAGCAAAAACUCAAUGACCGAUUCAAAGACUCCACAGAGGAAUGGGAAAAGGACGGGGCUGAGGUCAAGAAGAAGAUAGACAAAACCGAACAAACACAAAAAGUCGAGAAAGUAGGGAAAGGCCAGCCAAAAGCCGCAGCAGUUGAAGGAGCAGAGAGCGAUGUCGAGAACGAGAGACGGCCUGCUAUCCCAGCAAAGAGCGAAAAAGAAGCUGCUGGUGCUGGUCCGAAGGACUCAAAACCUAACACACAAAAGGAGAAGACUCGACAAGAUUCUUCAGGCAACCACAACGAAAAACUACAAUGA